UCCACGUCACUUGUGGUGGAUUCACCGCAAGCGAGACGCGAUUCUGACAUGACAAUUUAGCACUUUGACGUGAAACUCGCCGGAUGUGAUGCCACGAGUGUUUUGGCUUCAGGCUCAAACUGACAGCAAGCGCAAUAUCAGCGAGUUGUGAACAGAGGAUUCGCGUGAAGAGUGUCUGAUCUGGUGCUCGAUCUUCAUGGGUGAAUCAGGGACUCGUCGCUCCACCCUGGUCUCCAGGCUUCCCAUCUUCAGGCGCAGUGGCCGAAAGAGGCAGGACUCCCUCCCUUCCUCACCCUCCUCUGGCGGUGUUGGCAAUGGCGUCCACACAUCUUCUCCCUCCAGCACGAACUCCAGCUCCAGCAGCACGAGCAAGCGCCGCAGCCUGUUCCGUACACCGUCCCUCAGCUUCCACAGCAAGAGGAACAGCGACCCGAUCCAACUCAACCUGGACAAUCGCACCCAGGGGACUGAUGCCACCUUUCAAGAUGGUUGCGUCUCAAAGACUCGCCAUUCAUUUGGAUUCUGUGGACACAAAAAGAAGAUCACCCGAUCUCAUACGGAAGACCUCGAGAAAGCUUCGGCCAACAGAAACAGCGUGUUUAUUAACUGCAUCAGCUCAGGUACGAACGAGGGAGAUGAUUCAGGGUUUCUUGAUGACGUGAGCAGCAAGAGAUCUUCCAAGCAUAAGAAGCACCUGCUGCCCAAGUCCUUUUCAGCUCAUCAGCGGUUACCCAAGAACUCUUCUAAUAUCCCAGACCAGGUUCAAGGUCAGGACGGGGUGGAAGAACCUCCUAAAACUGGUACCCCUGGUUCCUGGCCUGGAGAACUGGCGGAGAGUUCCCUACAGUCACCUAUGAUCUCAGAAGACCGCACCACUGCAAUCACACCGUCUGAUUUCGUCCAUGUCACAGAAGACUCUGUCUCGGAAGUGGAUGCUUUGCCGGCCCCCAGUCCUGCUGCUCCUCCGGAAACCUCCAGCCAAGCUGUUUCUACCUCGCAGGUGUCCUUCACUCCAGCUGAGGGCACCUCAGAAAAGCCCCUACUGCCAGAUACCAGCCACACAGCCAACACACAGUGCGAGAGCACCACUGCCCAUACAGAGCCAGUCACACUGCAGACAGUGAAAGAGCUGAACCCUAAUCCAGAGCAGUCAGAGGCCAGUGAGAUUGAUCAAGCUCCAGAACUGAGUGAGGACAGCAGCUCCAAUCCAGAUCCCCGUGAGAGAAGGUCCAGAAAUUCUGUACUUAUUCAACAAACUGGAAGAUUAUCAGGCUUGAGCAAACUGGAGACCAGACCAAGUCACCUGAGAAAGCCACACACAGUGUCCAUGUGCAGUAGCGUGAGCCCAUAUCAUGAGGUGAUGCGUUUGGAGAGACGUUUACGCUCAGCCUCUGAGGGUGCAGGAGGACCCAGACUUCACCUCAAUCUCAGGGAUCCUCACUGCACGGAUGCCAACACUUUAUCCAAGCAGAGAACCAGCUCUUCAUCCUCCAAACUGGGCAGCCUGGAUGUUUUGAAUAACCUUGGCUCAUCUGAAUUGGAUGAGGAUGACCUGAUGCUGGAUCUUGACCUUUCUGAUGACCAGCGUCCUCAUCAUGCAUCCCGGGAGGAUUCAAGUCAGUCUCUUGCUUCAUGCCUCAACCUGUUGCCCUCACCGCUGGAGGCCUCCACAGACCGGACCCUUGGAAGAGACUCCAGGGAGCCCUUCUUCAGGGAGCAGCGGCCAAUGUCUCUCUGUCUGUCCCGUGAUGAUGAAGCUAUACCCGGGCUGGAAGCGCUGCCGUUCAGGCUGAUGCAGCAGGACUGCACAGCGGUAAAGACUCUUCUGCUGCGGUUACGCCGGACGCUGCAGGAGAGCACUGAGAUCAGCCCUGCCAGCAGUCUUCACUCUCUACCCAUAAGCCCCUGCAGUGAGAAAUCGCUUCCCUUUAAGGAUCCUGGGAGAGAGGAGAAUCAGUUCCUGCACCAGAAGCUGAAGGAGAGAGAUGAGCUUAUUGCACAACUUCAGGCUGAGUUGGAAUCCACCCGUGCUGCCCAGAGAUCUUCAUGCCAAAAAGCUGACAAAAGCACUCAGACAGAUUUCUUACUCUCAGAGACAAUCCAUCCAAUUCGACCCACAGGCCAAAACUGCAACAUUCCCAGCAGCAGCAGCAGGGAGCGAAGACCAGUUCGGCCUCUUGCUGCAGACCAGCACAACCGUCCCAGUGAAGUUUGCAGCAACGGUGGAGGAAGGAGAGCUGAAGGUGGGCAAUGUGUGUCUGAAAUACCCGGGCCUCGAAAGAAUGAUCAUCAAGGGCCAUCUCAAAUCCCUCGUGCGGUGGCUGGCAGCAGCGUGAGCCUUCCUAGCAAAGGCAGUCCGUCUCGCAGCCUGUCCUCAGACAGCGAACGGGGCCCACGCAGCGAACGAGGGCCUAUUCCUAGGCUUCAAUCUUCCUUUACCGGCCGUCUAGGUCAACCUCCCCGUGGGCCUCUGUCUUUACACAUGUACAGGCGAAACAACGUCUUCCUACAGCACUCGCUCCACACAGCCGAACUGCAGGCUCUUGCUCAGCAGGACGGUUGAAGACACAUCCUAAAACACUAACACGUAUCUCAGACGGUGCAGUUCCUCAGCGACCGCCAGUACCUUCAGACCCACAGCCCAGGCUCUCAAACCUCAACCGCACACAGAGACUCUUCUUAUCCUAUGUGGAGUUAAACUUGUCAGCUCUAUUAAGUGUCAAAACCCAAUCCGCCGUCUGCACUAUACUUAAGCCUUUUGAAGAAAUUUAGGAUAUGCUGCUCAAAUAAGUACUUUAGAUUGACAGUCCAGUAAUGUGAGAGUUUCAAGACAACACUAUCUCUAUGUACAGUUCUGCUGAAUUUUUUAUUUUUUUUUGCUUGUUUCAUUGAAAGAAAUCCAGGGUCCAACAUUAACACUUACCUGGCUGCUGAUUCAAGUAAAAUGUGAUUAAUUGAACUAGGUGCCAGGUAACUAUGAUAUUUAAUGGUUUAAAUUGAAUCGCUGGUGAUAUACUGUUCAAAAGUUUAAGGUCAGGAUUUUGUUUAUUUAUUUAUUUAUUUUAAAAGAAGCCUUUUCAGCUUACUAACUCUACGUUGUGAAAAAUUAUAAUCUAUAAAAAAUAAUGAAUAAAUUAUAAAUAAAAAUAUAAUAAUUUAUUCCUAUUAGGCAUGGGCCGGUAUAAGAUUCUGACGGUAUGAUAACCUUGGAUAAAAACAUAACGGUUGCACGGUAUUCGGAUUAUUGCUCUAAAAUAUAUUCUUUUUAAAUGUCUGGGUAAAAAAAAAGACCUAUUUCAGCUUUGAACACAUUAUAUUUAAUUUGGACAAACAUUUUAAAUGUUUUGAAACAGUAAACAUGUCAGGCUAAAUAUUUCAGAUGAAUCGUUGACUUCUGCUUUCGUCAUUGGUUUCAAAAACACAGAUUUCUUCACAAUUUAAAUGGCAUCUUUGGAUAUCUUUUCUGCUGGAGAUACUGUUGUCUUAAAAAACAAAAAAUCUUACAUGUACUGUAAAACUUUGACUUUUCCAAACCGCGGUGCACCUUGAAAACACUUAUCAUCCCAUGCCUAUUUCCUAUGAUGCAAAAGUGAGUUUUCAGCAUCAUUAUUUUAGUUGUAAAUGUGAAAAUAUUUCAGAAACUAUUAAUAUUUGCUAAUUUAUUACUCAAUUAAAUUGAUGAUUUUUUUCAGGAUUGUUAUUUAAUAAAGCAUUCAAAAUAAUAUGAAUUUAAAAUAUUUUAUUAUGUAAUAAUACAAAUGUAUGUUCUGUCCCAUUUGAUCAAUCAUUAAUGCAUGGGUGCUUAUAAAAAGUAUUUUUUUUAAAGAAGUUUCAACCGACCAUAAACUUUUGAACUUUAUAUGUGGUACAACUACCAUAAUCAAAAUGUGAGGAACAAAUUCAUGUGUAUGUGGAAGAUGUGGAAAACUGGCACAUUUGAAUGAGAGAAAAAAAGGGCUAAACAUCAGCCAAACAUAAAAAAAAAUGUAUAAUUUAGCUUCAUGGCCAGUACAAAAUGUCUAGCCAAUAUUUUUCCUCAAUUCUCCCACCAUUAAUAAGUGUGCCAAAAAGUUAAUUUUGGACUUCAUCAAAUCCUUAUUAAGCAAAGUAUGCAAAAACCAUUUUCUCCUCUUUACGUCUUAGCCUAAACUCCCUUGAUUGUUAGAUUAAGCCCAAUCUGUAGUGAUGAUUAUAAUAGCAGGUCACUCAAACCGCUCAAAUCAUUGUUUUUUUUUUUCACCAGCAACCAUGACACUGAAGAUGUGUGCGAAUAUUGCCAAAUCAAUCCUCAGUCGAAGAGAGGGCGUUGAAGCCCUUGCUGAGUAUUACCCACAUGUUGUCAGACCUCUUUUAGGGAGUUUAACACUCAUUACCCUUUUCUAAUUGCAAGAUACUCUUGCUCUCUUUUAUUCACAUUCUUUUUGCAGCAAACAAAAAAUGAAAGCUAAAGACGUUUCCUGCACUGAAUUUAAGCUAAAUGGAUUUGACAACUCUUGUGGAAGGAUUCAGCAAGAGCCUGGAGUUGAAUCUCAAAACAGCUGGACUGCAAGGAAGAAAUGCCCAUCAUUAGUUAAAGUAGUAGAAACCUCCAUGCAGAUAAAUGAACUUCAUUAUUACAUUUGGCAUUGGAAGGACUUCACAUAUUCAUUUCAAAAUAGAUGGCAACUAAAUUUAAUUAAACAUGCCGAUAACUUCAGUAAAUGUAAAACUGCCAUAGACGCACUCUUAAAAGAGACGCUUGAAAUGAGGAAUGGCCUAAUUCUGGCAGCGUUGGAAACGACGUUGGUGUAACGUUACAGCGUUGACCCGGCUUUGCGGAUCAGGAGCUCAAGCAAGGACGCAUGGAGGAGAAGGAAACCCUGAAGAAACGCAGUUCCAUCCAUCCAGCAGGUCUGCUCCCUGAGGUCCACUGCUCCAAUUUCAGCAAUCUGUUGGGAGCACCAUCACUUCUUCCUCUCUCUCUCUCUCUCUCUCUCUUUCUAUCUCGAUCUCCUUCUCCCUUCCAGACCUACUUCCAGCUCUCUGUAUGUUCGGGCUCAGGGAGAGAAAGGCUUUAGCGCAGUCUCACCGAUACACACUCCAGGACCGAAAUCACACUUUCCAAACGCUGAUGUGUUUGUGUUGUAGUCAGGGUGCGAAUUAAAAUCUCAUAAACCAAUGCUAAAUGGGAGAUUUAUAUGUAAAUAUAUAGGGAACUGAUAAUUAGGGUCUAUCAAUCAAUAUGAAAAGGAUGAUGGAAAAGUAUUUAAAUAAUUAUUAAUCAAUUUUAAUAUUUACGUAUACACUUGAAAUGAUUAAAUUAUUAGCAUUUUUUUUUUGGUCUGUUGAAAUGCUUGAUUCUGAUUGGCUAGAAGGUGAAAUUGCUUAAUGCACAGGUAGAUCCAGUUCGUUUUCAUCACAGUUUGAAAUAAAAGCUCUUCCCUCAAACAUUAGAAGUAACCAUGUAAUGCAGAGACAAAUGCCGCAGUCUUCAUUCCUCCGUGUAAUCUUGAGGACACCGAUGUGUGCUUCACUAGGGAGCCAAUUGGAUUUAACAACUUGCAAAUAUUUUCAAAAACAUUUGUGAAGUGGUAGCUAAUACAUGUUACUAUGAGCUAUUAGAUAUGCCCCUGUCAAUUACAUGCAAAUUCGCAAUCUCCAGCAGGGACUAGGAGAUCUAGCAUGUCAACACUGACCAAAAUUUAGUCAAAUAUUGCACUCCAAAAGCAGUUUUAAAUUGAAUUUGGCAAAUUACCACAGAAUAAAAACCCUGGGUGAUUUUAUAGAAGGUAUUAUCUAUUAUAUUCUAUUUUAUUCAUAACAUCUAUUAAGUGUGUAUGCAGGAUGGAUAAUCAGUGGAUUACUGUGUUUUAAUGAAUUUUAUCUACUCGACUCGUAUUGCCUUUAUGAAGUGCAUUUAAAACCCUUUAUAACAUUGCUCUCUGGAAUACUUGAUUCUGAUUAAUCGGUCGUGUCAUUCCAAAGUAUGUUAUUUUCAGAUAACAACUGUUGAACCAUCAGAAAGAGUGAGCAGAUAACAACCGCUGAACAAAUAACACCGGUUCAUCGGGGUACUUGACCUUCAGUGAAUACAUUCACAUCCAUAUUUAUAUGCUUGUAAUAAAGCCCUUAAGGCUCAUACAAAAGCCCUCCGCUUUGCGAUGGGCUGCUGAUAACAAUGUCAAGUGGCAUAGCAUCGAUUAUCCCUACU